UGGACUAGUGGUUGGUUUAUUUCUUUUUGGUACAAUCGGAUCGGCAGCAGGAGAAUCGAAUAUGUAUUUAUUUAACUAAAGAAAAUUUUCUUUUCGGAUUUUCGGAGUGUGGCCACUCUGUAAACAGCCACAACUUCUUCUUCUACCAUUCUUCUUCCUUCUUAACAUUGUUUUGUAAUUUAUCUUCUUCAACUUGAGCACGGCGGUUGUGGUCGGUGACGGUGGCUAUGGCUUCGAAGACUAAAACUAGUUUGUCGGAAACUACUCCGGGAAAAUCAUCUCCUUCAACUCCAAGAGUAGCGAAAUUGAGUAGGGCAGUGAAUAAAUCAGAAACCAGUUCUCCAAGCUCACGCCUUCCACUUGAUCGUUCUUCACCGUCUUCAAAGUCUUCUUCCGUUGAGAGACGGUCACCAAAGGUUCCAACUCCACCAGAAAAAACUCAAGCGCGUGCAGCAGCGGCGAAAGGAUCAGAACCUCCGACACGGUCGACUCUGACUCAAAUCAAGGAGGAUCUGAAGAAAGCUAAUGAGAGGAUAUCAUCACUGGAGAAGGAGAAAGCUAAGGCACUCGAUGAACUCAAAGAAGCCCAAAAAGAGGCUGCAGAAGCAGCUCUGAAGCUGGACGACGCUCUGAAAGCUCAGAAGGAGAGUUCAGAGAUCGAGAGGUUUCAAGCUGUCGAGGCAGGGAUCGAUGCAGCUCGGAAGAAAGAAGAAGAGUUGAAGAAAGAACUCGAGGAUGUCAAGAACCAACACGCUUCAGAUUCCGCCGCUCUUGUCUCGGUUACGCAUGAGCUUGAGAAGGUCAACGAAGCAUUAGCUGCGGCUGAUGAGGCCAAGAGCAAGGCCUUGAGUCGAGCGGAUGAUUCUAGCAAGACCGCUGAGAUUCAUGCGGAGAAAGUUGAGAUCUUGUCUUCGGAGCUGACGAGGUUGAAAGCUCUGCUUGAUUCGACCCGAGAGAAGAAGGAGAUCACAGGAGGCAGCGAAGUGGUUGCCAGACUAGAAGAGGAGAUUGUGGUUUUGAAGAGAGAUCUCGAGAAGGCGAGAAGGUUUGAGGAUGAGGUUAAAGAGCAAGAGAUGGUCAUCGAGAAGCUUAACGUUGACCUCGAAGCUGCCAAGACGGGAGAGUCUCGUGCACACAGCUCAUCUAAGGAGUGGAAGAGCAAAACGGAAGAACUUGAGGAACAGCUUAAAGAAGCUAACAAGCUGGAGAAAUCUGCCUCUUUAUCUUUGGACUCUGCGACGAAACAACUCGAAGUAAGCAAUGGUAAGCUGCACGACGCAGAAUCCGAGAUCACUAAUCUCAAGGAGAAGAUCGUGACGUUGGAGACAACAGCUGCUAAACAGAAGGAUGAUCUCGAGGAAACCGAGAAACGGCUGAGCAGUGCAGAAGCAGAAGUAGAGAGGUUGAAGAAGGAGCUCGAAACCGCGGAGGAGGAGAAGAACCGCGCUCUAGAUAAGGAGCAAGACGCUUCUUUAAACGUCCAGAGGCUGUUGGAACAGAGGAAGAAGCUCUUAGCGGACCUGGAGAGCUCCAAGGAGGAAGAGGAGAAGAGCAAGAAAGCGAUGGAGAGUCUAGCCUCGGCGUUGCACGAAGUGUCGAGCGAAGGAAGGGAGCUGAAAGAGAGGCUGCUGAGCCAGGGGGACCACGAGUACGAGACGCAGAUAGAAGACUUGAAGCUGGUCAUCAAAGCGACGAGCGAGAAGUACGAGAACAUGCUGGAGGAAGCGAGGCACGAGAUCGAUGUGCUCGUGAGCGCGGUGGAGCAGACCAAGAAGCAUUUCGAGGGGUCGAAGAAUGAGUGGGAGAUGAGGGAAGCGAGUCUGGUGAGCUACGUGAAGAAAAUGGAGGAGGAGGUUGCUUCCAAGGGGAAAGAGAUGAGUAGGUUGGAUAACUUGCUGAAGAGAACCAAGGAAGAAGCUGAGGCGGCUUGGAAGAAGGAAGCGGAGACGAAAGAUAGUUUGAAAGAAGUGGAAGAGGAGGUGGUUUAUCUUCAGGAGUCUCUUGGUGAGGCGAAGGCAGAGAGUGUGAAGCUGAAAGAGAGUCUGUUGGAUAAAGAAACGGAGUUUCAAAGCGUGGUUCACGAGAACGAGGAUCUGAAGGCAAAGGAAGAUGCUUCUCUGAAGAAGAUAGAGGAGUUAUCGAAGUUACUAGAGGAAGCGAAGGAGGAGGAGGUGGAGCUCAGUGAAACCGAAAAGGACUAUGAUUUGCUACCGAAAGUGGUUGAGUUCUCUUCUGAGAACGGUCAUAGAAGUGUAGAAGAGAAGUCUCCUAAAGUCAAAACCAUUGACGAGGAAGCUCCAGAAGAACAACAUAUCAUCAGCAAUGGGAAUGGUAUGGAGGUGGAACCAAAGGAGAAGAAAGAAGAAGAAUCUCAAGCUGAUGAUGAUGAUGAAGACAAGGAUGAUUCGGUUAAAGUUAUGUUCAAAAUGUGGGAAAGUUGCCAAAUCGAGAAGAAAGAAGCGUUUCCCGACAAGAAUCUUCCACUAGAGACUCAAGAAGAAGAGGAAGAAGAUUCAAGCAAAAUGGAUGAAAACGAUAAAACCUCAACAGAGAACAACGUAGAUGAAAUCGGAACAGAAGAUCAGCUUGUGAUGGAGAAGAAACUCAAGAAGAAGAAGACUUUACUUGGUAAAGUUGGCAACCUUCUCAAGAAGAAAGCACCUGUGAACCCAAAAUAACAAGACUAUUUCAAGGUGAGGUUAAAAGAAAAGCAUGUAAGCUUUAUAUAUAGAAGAAACAUUUAUGUCUCUGUAUACUUCAUCACUUUUUUUUAUAUAUAUCUUUGUUGAUUUCUGAUUCUUUUUUUUUAUGUUAAUGUAAAGGUUUGUGUGUUUAUGUGAUGAUAGACUUGUGUGUUGAACUGGAAUCUUUUUUGGUUCACUUUUUAAAUUGAAGAAACUUUUCAUGGAAA